CACUCCAAAACUAAAAAAAAAUAUGGAGGACGUUAUUAGGUCACACACAAAUAUAUUUUUUCUGAUUGUGCGGCAUUUAUUUAAUUAUAGAUUUAUAAAUUAUAAAUAAAUAUAUUUAUACUUACAUGUAAUAAAUUAAUAAUAGGCAUGUUGUGAACAGUGUUAAUUAGAAAAAAAAAAAUAAAUAAUAAAUAGUAAACAAAAAUAGUGAUAAAAUAAUAAUAAAACAGUGACUCUGUGAGUUUUUUUUUUUUGUGUUGUAUUGGCGUCUCUGUAAAUGAUAGAAAAUGGAGGUUGUGGGAGGACCUGUCAGCCAAAUGAAUCAACCAGGGCCAGGUCAAAUUAUUGGACCUGGUGGACCACCACAAUCACAACAACCAGGACAACAAACAGGUCCAACUCAAGGUAAUUUAAUUGCAUUACAAAAAGCAAUUGAUGCUAUGGAAGAAAAAGGACUCCAAGAAGAUCCACGUUAUGGACAAUUACUAGCACUUAGAGCAAGAGGUGGUAUGUCUGAAAAGCAAACAUUGAAUCCUCAACAAAUGCAACAAUUACGAGGUCAAAUUAUGGCAUAUAGACUUCUUGCUAGAAAUCAACCACUAACACAAGAACUUACACUAGCAGUACAAGGAGCACCACCUUCACAGGGUGUUGUACCAAGUGGACCACAACGUCCUGGUGUUCAGAUACCACCACAAAUUCAACAACAACAACAACAUCAACAAAAUGUUAAAUCAAAUCGUGUAACAACAAUUGCAAAACCAGCUGGUCUUGAUCCAGUAUUAAUACUUCAAGAACGUGAAAAUCGUAUUGCAGCAAGAAUAGCACUUCAAAAAGAAAAUUUAAGUAAUUUACCAUCAAAUAUGCCUGAUGAUUUACGUCUUGAGGCACAAAUUGAAUUACGUAUGUUACGUGUAUUAAAUUUUCAACGUCAAUUAAGAUCAGAAAUAAUAGCAUGUACUAGAAAAGAUACAACACUUGAAACAGCUGUUAAUGUUAAAGCAUAUAAACGUACAAAACGUCAAGGUUUACGUGAAGCACGUGCAACUGAAAAACUUGAAAAACAACAAAAACUUGAAGCUGAAAGAAAACGUCGUCAAAAACAUCAAAACUUUUUAACAUCAGUAUUACAACAUGGUAAAGAUUUUAAAGAAUUUCAUCGUAAUAAUGUUGCUAAAAUGGCUAGAUUAAAUAAAGCUGUUCUUAAUUAUCAUGCAAAUGCUGAACGUGAACAAAAAAAAGAACAAGAAAGAAUUGAAAAAGAACGUAUGAGUCGUUUAAUGGCUGAAGAUGAAGAAGGUUAUCGUAAAUUAAUUGAUCAAAAAAAAGAUAAACGUUUGGCAUUUUUAUUAUCACAAACAGAUGAAUAUAUUGGUAAUUUAACUGAAAUGGUAAAACAACAUAAAAUGGAACAAAAACGUAAACAAGUUGAAGAACAAAAACGUAGAAAAGCUGAAAAAAAACGUUUAGAUGGUGAUAAUAAUGAUAGUAAUGAUCGUCGUAUUAAAGUUGUUGAUACAUCAAAUGGUAAAAUAUUAAGUGGUGAUGAUGCACCAUUAGCAAGUCAAUUAUCAUUAUUUCUUGAUUCACAUCCUGGUUGGGAAGCUGUUGAUAAUGAUACUGAUGAAGAAUCUGAUAUUGAAGAAACACAAGAAAAAGUUACUGAACCACCAACACCAGAUGAUAUUGUUAAAAGUAAAGAAACAAUACAAAAAGCUAAAGUUGAAGAUGAUGAAUAUAAAACAGAAGAACAAACAUAUUAUAGUAUUGCACAUACUGUACAUGAAAAAGUAACUGAACAAUCACAAUUAAUGGUUAGUGGUCUUUUAAAAGCAUAUCAAGUACGUGGUCUUGAAUGGCUUGUAUCAUUAUUUAAUAAUAAUUUAAAUGGUAUAUUAGCUGAUGAAAUGGGUCUUGGUAAAACAAUCCAAACAAUAGCAUUAGUAACAUAUUUAAUGGAAAAAAAAAAAGUUGAAGGACCAUAUUUAGUUAUUGUACCAUUAUCAACAUUAUCAAAUUGGGUAUUAGAAUUUGAAAAAUGGGCACCAAGUGUUGUUGUUAUAUCAUACAAAGGUUCACCAGCAGCACGUCGUACAAUACAAACUAAAAUGCGUGCAUCAAAAUUUAAUGUAUUACUAACAACAUAUGAAUAUAUAACACGUGAUAAAUCAGUACUUGCUAAAAUACAAUGGAAAUAUAUGAUUAUUGAUGAAGGACAUAGAAUGAAAAAUCAUCAUUGUAAAUUAACACAAGUAUUAAAUACACAUUAUAUUGCAGCACAUCGUUUAUUAUUAACUGGUACACCAUUACAAAAUAAAUUACCAGAAUUAUGGGCAUUAUUAAAUUUUCUAUUACCAUCAAUAUUUAAAUCAGUUAGUACAUUUGAACAAUGGUUUAAUGCACCAUUUGCAACAACUGGUGAAAAAGUUGAGUUAAAUGAAGAAGAAACAAUAUUAAUUAUACGUCGUUUACAUAAAGUUUUACGUCCAUUUUUAUUAAGACGUUUAAAAAAAGAAGUUGAAACACAAUUACCAGAUAAAGUUGAAUAUAUUAUUAAAUGUGAAAUGUCAGGUUUACAAAAAGUAUUGUAUAAACAUAUGCAAAGUAAAGGUGUACUAUUAACUGAUGGUUCAGAAAAAGGUAAACAGGGUAAAGGUGGUACAAAAGCACUUAUGAAUACACUUGUACAAUUACGUAAAUUAUGUAAUCAUCCAUUUAUGUUUCAACCAAUUGAGGAUAAAUAUACUGAACAUGCUGGUGGUUCAAGUAUUGUAUCUGGACCAGAAUUAUAUCGUGCAUCUGGUAAAUUUGAAUUACUUGAUCGUAUAUUACCAAAAUUAAAAGCAACAAAUCAUCGUGUAUUAUUAUUUUGUCAAAUGACACAAUUAAUGACAAUAAUGGGUGAUUAUUUAGAUUGGAAAGGUUUUAAAUAUUUACGUCUUGAUGGUACAACUAAAGCUGAAGAUCGUGGUGAUUUAUUAAAAAAAUUUAAUGAACCUGGAUCAGAAUAUUUUCUAUUUUUAUUAUCAACACGUGCUGGUGGUCUUGGUUUAAAUUUACAAGCAGCUGAUACUGUUAUUAUAUUUGAUUCUGAUUGGAAUCCACAUCAAGAUUUACAAGCACAAGAUCGUGCACAUAGAAUUGGACAAAAAAAUGAAGUUAGAGUAUUAAGAUUAAUGACUGUUAAUUCAGUUGAAGAAAGAAUAUUAGCAGCAGCAAGAUAUAAAUUAAAUAUGGAUGAAAAAGUUAUACAAGCUGGUAUGUUUGAUCAAAAAUCAACUGGUUCAGAAAGACAACAAUUUUUACAAUCUAUAUUACAUCAAGAUGAUGCUGAUGAUGAAGAAAAUGAAGUACCUGAUGAUGAAACUGUUAAUCAAAUGAUUGCAAGAUCAGAAGGUGAAUUUGAACAAUUUCAAAAAAUGGAUUUAGAAAGAAGACGUGAAGAGGCUAAUUUAGGUAGUGCUAGAAAACCAAGAUUACUUGAAGAAUCAGAAUUACCAGAUUGGCUUAUUAAAGAAGAUGAAGAAGUUGAACGUUGGGAUGGUAAUGAAGAUGAUGAUGAUCGUGUAUUUGGUCGUGGUUCAAGACAAAGAAAAGAAGUUGAUUAUACACAUAGUUUAACUGAACAAGAAUGGCUUAAAGCAAUUGGUGAUGAUGGAGUUGAAGAAGAUGAAGAAGAAGAAGAAGAUAAAAAAAAGAAAACAACAAGAAGACGUAAAAGAAAAGGUGAUGAAGAUGAUGAACCAGUUGUUAAAAAAAAACGUGCAAGUGGUCCUGUUGAUAAUAAAAUGAAAAAAGCUAUGAAAAAAUUAAUAAUGGUUGUUGUUAAUUAUACUGAUAGUACUGAUGGUAGAUUAUUGAGUCAAGAAUUUAUGGAAUUACCACCAAAAAGAGAAUUUCCAGAUUAUUAUGAAAUUAUUAAAAAACCAUUAACAAUUAAUAAAUUAAUACAAAAAAUUGAUGGUGGAAAAUAUUCUGAUUUUGAUGAUUUAGAAAAAGAUUUUAUGCAACUUUGUAAAAAUGCACAGACAUACAAUGAAGAAGCAUCACCAAUUCAUGAAGAUUCAAUUGUUUUACAGUCUGUUUUUACAAAUGCCAGACAACGUCUUGAAGCUGAAGGAAAUGUAUCUGAAGAAGGUGAAGGUGAUGAUGGUACAGACGGUGAAUCAAAUGAAAAAACUAAAACUAAAAAACGUGGUAGAAAAAGUGAAGGUAGAGCAAGUGGAAGAAGAAAACGAGUUACUAAAAAAUAUAUAUCUGAUGAAGAUGAUGAUGAUGAUGACAAUUAAUUAUAUCACCAUAAACACUUGAUCAAUUUAUUAUUAAUAUUAUUUUUUUUCUUUUUAUAAAAACAUCCAAAUGACAACAUUAGAAUAGAAUCUUUUGACUUUUAUAAUAUUCUUCUUUCUGUACUUUUUCUUUUCAUUUAUUUAAAAAAUGAAUCGUAAUAAUCAUUCACUUGAUAUUAUUGUGCAUAUUCAAUUGUAAAAUGAAUCAAUUAUUAUUUUUUUUUUUCCUUUAUUUUUGUUUUAUCUUUAAGAUUUAGCAGUGAAUUUUU